UGGGAUUGGCUCGGUGCUGUAUUGCCUGCUUUCCCGCACCCCACCAUGGCGUCUCAGCUCCGGCUCGGCUCCGCGCUGGCCCUGGUCACAGGUGCGGGCAGUGGCAUCGGCCGGGCGAUUAGCGUGCGCCUGGCCAGAGAGGGAGCAGCGGUGGCCGCCUGCGACCUAGACGGGGCAGCGGCAGAGAAGACAGUGCGGCUGCUGGGAGGGCCGGGAAGCGAAGAGGGGGCGCCUCGCGGGGCCCACGCUGCCUUCCAAACGGACGUGUCUGAGGCUGGGGCCGCUAGGCGCCUGCUGGAACAAGUGCAGGCCCGCCUUUCUCGGCCGCCAUCUGUCGUUGUGUCCUGUGCGGGCAUCACCCGGGAUGAGUUCCUGCUUCACAUGUCUGAGGAUGACUGGGACAAAGUCAUAGCUGUCAACCUCAAGGGCAUUUUUCUAGUUACUCAGGCUGCAGCCCAAGCCCUGGUGUCCAAUGGUUGUCACGGCUCCAUCAUCAACAUCAGUAGCAUCGUAGGAAAGGUGGGCAAUGUAGGACAAACAAACUAUGCUGCCUCCAAGGCCGGAGUGAUUGGGCUGACCCAGACAAUAGCCCGGGAGCUUGGACGACAUGGGAUUCGCUGUAACUCUGUCCUCCCAGGGUUCAUUGCAACACCCAUGACACAGAAAAUGCCACAGAAAGUGCUGGACAAGGUGACUGGAAUGAUCCCGAUGGGACACAUGGGGGACCCUGAGGAUGUGGCAGAUGUGGUCGCAUUCUUGGCAUCUGAAGACAGUGGCUACAUCACAGGGGCCUCAGUGGAAGUCACUGGAGGUCUUUUCAUGUAACUGCCUCAAGGACCCUGGACUCUGCUCACUCCCCCACCACCCUGUCUGGCCUCUUGUGGAUGAGGACUCUAAGUUCCCAGGCUACAAAAGGGGUGGCAGUGUAUGGCUCCGGAAUGCUGAAUAUGGGAGGCAGGGGUGCUUGUGACCCUAAUAAAUUCCAAAUCCUCU